AAGUUUCAAUAAAAUGUUAUUCAAGUAAAUUUAAGUUUACCCUAAAUGCUUGUCAGUAUAAUACCAUAUUUCAAAGACAAUAUAAUUUUGUAAUUAGGCCUAUAAAGAUGUGCUUAAAUCCUACUUAAGUGGGUUUAAAAAAAAAAAGCACUCUUGAAAAGCAACUCUUAAAACAGCUGUGGCUUAUCAAGAUUCAAGAUAUUUUCCCCACUGGUCUGCUUGGGAGGUGGAGUCAAAAAUUUGCGUUCAAAACAAUGCCCUUCUCUGCUUUAAAAAGCCCUGCCAAAAAACUACAGAUUACUUGAGUUUUUUUUUGGCAGCCUGUCAGAGCUAAUCGAGUAGCCUAACCAUGAGUCUGUCUGCAAAGGACAAGUUGGCGAUCAAGACCUUCUUUGACAAGGUUGCCCCUAAAGCUGAGGAAAUUGGCAACGAGACUUUGUCCAGGACUCUGUUCGUUUACCCUCAGACGAAGACGUACUUCUCCCAUUGGGCAGACCUGAGCCCUGGUUCUCCUCAGGUGAAGAAACAUGGACUGACAGUGGUGAAGGGGGUCUUCAGCGCUGUGGAGCUGAUGGAUGAUCUCAAGGGUGGUCUGCUCACCCUUAGCGAGCUUCAUGCCUUCAUGCUUCGCGUGGACCCCGCUAACUUCAAGAUCAUCAAUCACAAUCUCCUCGUGGCGCUCGCGCUGAUGUUUCCUGAUGACUUCACUCCUGAGGUGCAUGUUUCUGUGGACAAGUUCCUCGCCCAGGUCAGCCUGGCUCUGUCCGAGAAGUACCGCUAAAGUCGACCCUGCAUUCAUCUCUGACGCGACACUGUAUUCGCCUUAAUGAGAAUGAAAAUAAUAAAAUGAAA